AUGGCAACGACCAAGCCAACUUUCCUGGCGCAGCCGGCGGUGAAGUGUGUGCGGGUUUACCGCAACGGGGACCCUUUUUACGGCGGUAGAAAGUUCGUGAUCAACGAGCGCCAGAUCUCGACCUUUGAAGCUUUCCUGAAAGAGGUGACCAACGGUCUGGAGGCGCCAUUCGGGGCUGUUCGUAACAUUUACACCCCGCAGCAGGGCCACCGCGUCUACCAGCUGGAGGAGCUCGACACCGGCAAACAGUACGUGGCAGGAGGCAAGGAGAGGUUCAAAAAACUCGACUAUAUUCAGAUAGGAAUAAAGAAGAAAAAGCCUCUGACAAAGGAUGUCCAGAUCAAGCCAGUUGCUCACAGCCGGAUAAUAGCAUCAGCAAGAUUUCGAAAGCAUGCUCAGGAGCCAUGCAUUAUUUGUGUGUUCACAAAUGGAGACCCCCUAAGUCCAGCAAUCCGAUUACUGAUUCCGAAGAGAAUACUGGGCCAGUGGGAACAGGUCCUUUCUAGCAUUACAGAGAAAGUAAACCUUAGAACUGGAGCUGUAAGAAAGCUUCAUACAUUGGAUGGAAGAUCCAUCAAUGAUGGCACUGAACUUGAAAAUGGAGGAUACUAUGUAGCUGUGGGCAGAGAUAAAUUUAAGAAGUUACCCUAUGGUGAACUGAUUUUCAGUAAAUCAUACCUGAGAAGAUCUAAUGGAUCGAAGGCUGCAUCACUUCCUCCAAUUCCUGGAUCUAAGAAGAAGGAACAUAGACCUGCAGAGACUGUAGAUGAGGAGGAGCAUCCACUAGUGCUCUGCGAAGAAGAAAGUAGCUGUGAAGGAGAUGGAAAUCUUCCAAAUGUGGAGUGGAAACUUCGUAACGAUGUGCUUAAUGAUGAAGAAAUCCUUACAAUUUGUCAUGCUGAGGAAGAUCUCCGUCGGCAUGAUCUUCCUCAUAAAGAAGUGAAGACCAGUGAAGAAAGUGAAACCGACCAUCAGGUAGAAGAAGAAAUUUCUGACCCUGCAGAAGAAGAGGUGGAAGAUAUUGAUCCAAGAGAAGCAAAUCAAGAAGAUAAAUAUUUUCAUCAGAAUGAUCUUCCUCAUAAAGAAGAUAUGAUGGGCGAAGAAAAUGGAAUUGACCAUCAGGUAGAAGAAGAAAUUUCUGACCCUGCAGAAGAAGAGGUGGACGAUAUUGAUCCAAGAGAAGCAAAGCAAGAAGAUAAAUAUUUUCAUCAGAAUGAUCUUCCUCAUAAAGAAGAGAUGAUGGGCGAAGAAAAUGGAAUUGACCAUCAGGUAGAAGAAAUUUCUGACCCUGCAGAAGAAGAGGUGGAAGAUGUUGAUCAAAUGGAAAAGGAUCAAGAAGAUAAAUAUUUUCAUCAGAAUGAUCUUCCUCAUAAAGAAGAGACAGUGGGUGAAGAAACUGGAAUUGAUCAUCAGGGAAAACAAGAAAUUGCUGACUCUACAAAAGGGGAGCAAGAUAUUGAUCAAAAGGAAGAGAAUUAUGGAGAUAAGUAUUUUCAUCACCAAGAAGAUGAAUUCCAAAAAGAAGACUUACACCAGGAAUCGGAAGAUAGCUCUGCAGAAGGAGAAGCACGACUAGAAGAGAUUGACAAAGAUAAUGAAGUGAUUCCCACAGAAGAACAUAGCAAGGUAAUGAGAUUUUGA